AGAAGAAGAAGAAUCAAAUCAGAAGAAGAAGAAGCAAUGGCGACGCGUAUUUUCGAAGCGAAAUGGCGGAGAGGGGAACGAAACGUUCACGUGAGGAUCCGACAUUACCUCAAAGGAAACAACGGUCGUUGGCGAAGAAGUUGUCGGAUAAAGAAAGGGACAGAACCCGGAUUAACAUUGGCCGUGUAUUUCCAAGGUGGAGAGCACUGCGAGAGCGAAAGGGGCUAGAAUUUGACUCGGACCUAGCUUCUCUUCUCCUGGACAGUUAUGACAAGUUAUGCGCCAUAUUGUUGCCCUCUACUGGAACAUGUAGACAAAAGCCAGCAGCACCAUCAAGACCUGGAUGUGUAGCAGCUGCAAGUUUUGUGGAGAUGCAGGUCACCAUUGAGGAGGAGGAGGAGGAAAGCAACAGUGUGAAGAACAGACUAUCUGACUUGGAUAGUGAUACGGAAACCGCGUCAGAAACAACUGAGCUGAGUGCUCCAGGAGCUGAUAAAAGCUGUGAUGGAGAUGUCUACGUACCAGAAAUGCCUCAGAGAACUGACUUGGAGAGAGAUACGGAAAACGCCAUAGAAACAACUGAGCUGAGUGCUCCAGGAGCUGAUAACAGCUGUGAUGGAGACGUCUACGUACCAGUAAUGUGUCAGAGUCACAAAACAUCUGAACUUAAACUGGAGUGUGAAGAAGAGGAGCUGGAGCCAUGGCAGAAACACACUUUACAUGUUCGCUUGAAAGAAGAGCAUGAUGUUGGAGAGUUGAGUGAUGACAAAACAGAUUGUAAACCAGAUCCUUCGUCUCUUCAGAGCUGGGCAGCUGGUCAGCACACUGUGACACCUGAGGCCUGUGUCGCUAGCCACACUUCUGAGGGACAUCAAAUUAGCAACAACCCCUUGUCCUUAUCCAGUGUCCAGAGUCCUGAAGUAUAUGCAGCAUCAUCUGACAAACUGCAGUCAGACCAGUCCAACUCACAGACCCUCUCUGUACUUUUUCCUCCACCAUGCCUUACUGCGAUUAAACUUGAACCAAAUGGAACAUGAAACAUAAAAUAAUAACCUGAAACAUAAGGGGAAGUUCACAAGUUACAGUUACUCACAAUUUGUUGUCGAACAUAAAUGUGUCAUAUCUGAUGCACAAAUUGAUAAAUUGCAGAUUAUUUGCACAUCUAAGUGUUGUCUCCUCCGACAUGACGACAGUCUGGGGAACCCUGUUCACAACACCUGUCACCUCAUUUACCAAGUCCACAUAAAACGAAUCCAUUUAGUGAAAACUUUGGUACCAGCCUUUUGGUUAUAUGCUACCUCAUAUGUACAGGUUUGUAAUACAGUGUAUAGUGAAAUAAAUUCUUUAAACCCA